CCGCAAAAUUUUCAUCUUCCCUUUUCUCUUCUUAUUACCAUUUUCGCGAUUAGCAGAGACUUCCGCUUCCGUUGGUCCCAAAGGGCACUGUAUAUUGUAGUUCUUUCACUAGGGUUCGGUUGCCCACCCCCUCAUGGGGCAGUGCUGGACUAAGGUAUGCAGUCAAGAGAGCAAUGAUGUCCCUCCCACUUUUGAUAUUGCUGGUGGAAAUGUUUGCCUUGUGAAAUCAAUGGACAAGUGGGAAGAAAAGAUGUCUGAAGCCAAUAACAGUGGCAAGAUUGCGGUGGUAAAUUUCAGUGCGUCAUGGUGUAACCCUUGUAGAGCAGUAGCACCAGGCUAUCAUGAACUUGCUGAUAAAUACACUUCAAUGAUAUUUUUAACUGUUGACGUGGAUGAGUUAGCUGAGUUAAGUACUUCGUGGGACAUAAAAGCUACUCCAACAUUCGUUUUCUUUAGAGAUGGCCGUCAAGUGGACAAAGUAGUAGGUGGCAACAAGCAAGAGCUCCAAAAGAAGUUGAUGAAUCUCGCAGUGUCUACAAGGUCCCCGGGUUGACAUACUGUUGCUUCGCUGCAGUAGGAAAAAUAUGAAUGCGAAAAUGCUAUUCUAAAAUUCUGGUUUUGUCACUUUAAUUUUGCGAUUUACUGCUGCAACAUCAUUUCGUAUUUCUAUGCAUAUUAAGAAAAGUACUGAGAUAUAAGGAAGUACAAUUUGCAGCUUGGAAAACAAAUUCAUAUGGGGGUACACCUUAGUUGUGUUACCCCAAACACGAGAAAGUAAAUGGCGACGUACAGUUAUUACUUAUCAUCAAUCUAUGGUUUAGUCUCCUGUAUAUAAGAAGUCUGAAAUUAUAUGUGCUACAAACCCAAAAUAAGAACAUACUACUGCUGGCAUAUUUUCUUUUUCAUAAUUCCGGCAAUACGGGCAGAGAUCCCUACAGAAACAGACUCAAAUCGAGGUUUUACAGUGGUACGAAAUCUUGUAUCAGGAGAAGACAAAUGACUUGAUGUCUCAACAAAGUCUGACUCUAGCCAGUGGACAUGACAGUAGUUAUGAAGUGGCAAAUCGAAUUACGAUACGCAUUGUCCGUUGACAAAGGAAUGGCACAGGAUGAGGGCAAGGAUGUGGGAAUGAUGAAAUAAUAUGGGAGUGACUUCAACAAAGCAUGUUCA